CUUUCCCUUAUGAGAAGCACGAAGAUCAACGAAGCUAUCUGCAGUCAUGACGAUUCCCUUUGGUCUUCAGCAACGAAUCACGUUGAUGCCAUCUCAGCAGGGCGAGUCGGCAGGAGAGCCGCCAUAUGUCAUUGCCAUGCGGCUGUCGUGCGACCAAUCAACCGCCCUCGCAGCCACGUCAAGCCCAACUCUCGUCCUCUUCUCGCCUCAUACGCUCUCCGUCACCGGCCAUCUGACGGGCCACACCGCGCCUGUCACUGACGCAUGCUGCUUCCAGCAGAACGCCUCUUGUGUGGCCUCGGUGGGCAACGAUGGCCACGCCCUGAUUUUUGACAUACGGAGCUCUGCUCAGCCUGCGGUGCGCUUCAAGGUGGCAGCAAAGACCUCCGAGGAGGUCAACAGCUGCACCGUGGGUGGAGGGGAUGGGAUGCUGGUGGCGUCGUGCGACAGCAAGGUGGUGGUCUAUGACCUACGGGCGGGCAAGAAGCGGACGACGUACGAGUACCACUCUGACGUGGUCAACUGCGUCCGGUUCCAUCCUUACCACAGCCACUGGCUGCUCUCCGCAGGUGUCUGUCUGACUGUCUGGCUGGCUGGCUGGAUCCAUCUCUUUGUGUGGGUGGGUGGGUGUGUUCAGGUGACGACACGAACAUCUGUUUCUGCGACACCCAGCAGGACAACACGAGCCAGGAGGGAGGGCCUGAAGACGAAGACUCAGCCAUGUUCGGAGAAGAGUUCCUGCAGGUCGGCUCAGCGUACACCAACACGUGCCGACAGUCGGCAGACUGGCAGCCUGCCUGUUCGUGGUUUCCUGUCCUCCUCAGGUGCUUCCCAACGAGCUGAAUGUUGCGUCGUUCAACCUGAUCGGCAAAGAGGCCUCCCUCCUGUGUGCGGUGUCGACUACCAAUGACGUGUCAAUAUUCGACCUGGACACGUGCAGCCGCCUGGCGCACUUCCAGUCGAUAAGGGAGCAUCCCCUGCUGCAGUAUGAAGACUCAGGGGGCUACGUGGUCGACACCAUGUGGGACGAAGUGACAGAGAGGCUGUUCAUUCUGGCCGGUGGGCGGACACGCACGAGAGAUCGAGGGAGAACGGCACAUGCGGGCCGGUGUCCUUUUUGUAGGGUCGUCUCUGGGUCACUUGUUGCUGUUCCAUGCCAACCUGACGACAUCAACGCCGGCAGCGACGUUCGUCAACAGAGAGACCCAGGGGACGGGCCAUCGAGCGGUCGUCAGGUAUCCACAGGCUUCACACCAACACCAUAGCAGGCUGUCGAUUUGCCCGUCCUGUGUUGUUUGUAGGUGUGCGUUGUCGAUACCCACCAGUGGCUCUGAGGCUGCCCGUCUGCUCACUGCUGGGGAGGACGGCCUCGUCUGCCAGUGGGCGCAGGUGCAACAAGCACCUAUCGUCGAGCUCGAUGCACAUGUCAUCCUCGUGUCUGUGUUGCGAUGCAGGAUUCGGUUGAGGGCGGUGCGUCAUGGUUCAAGUUGCACAAUCACAAGGUGCCGAAACCGGGGACGAGCGAGAAGGGGGAGGCGCGCAGACAGCGACGGGCAGCGCCCUACUAGCCUUGUUCUGUCCGGCUGAUCGAACACUGGAUGUGUACACAUUGACAUCAAUACUGAUACGUCGGUGCUAACAG